AUGGCGGCGGCGACCGCGACGCUCCGGUGGGUGCUGCAGCUGCACCGGGACGUGCCGCGAGCGGCGCGGUUCUACGCGGAGGGUCUCGACUUCAGUGUGAACGUCUGCACGCUCCGCUGGGCCGAGCUGCAGUCAGGGCCGCUCAAGCUCGCGCUCAUGCACACCAACGACAGUAAUCUUGCAUCGCAGAGAGUCUAUUCUUCAAUGCUGUCCUUCACUGUACCAGACAUAAGCAGUACUGUAUCGAAAUUAAUGGCAUUGGGAGCUGAGUUGGAUGGGCCUAUCAAAUAUGAGAUCCAUGGAAAAGUUGCAGCAUUGCGAUGCAUCGAUGGGCACAUGCUAGGCCUUUACGAGCUGGCUUGA